AUGAAGGCCUCCAUCAGGUUUCGGGAGGACCAGAAGCCCCUCGUGAGGGCCAAGAUCCCCAUCAGCAUCCUCGGCCUCCCCUUCCUCUCCGGGGUUUCCGCCGGCGAGUCCCGGGAGCUCCGCCUCGACCUCGCAACCGCCUUCGACUACGGCCCCUGCUUCCGCGUCUCCUAUCGCCCCUAUGACUCCUGGAACCCCUUCAGCCUCGUCGUCAAGACCGGGAUCGGCGCCUUCGGCUCCCCCUGUGGCGUUCCUAUGGCGAUGACUGCCGAGUUCAACCUCCUCGGCGCCGGCGCCGUCGCCGGCGCCCCCACCUUCUCCAUCAUCUUCAAACCGCGCCUCGGCGACUUCAGCAUCAAGAAAACCACCGGCUCCGCCGUCAUCGCUCCCCCUGUCGGGAGGAAGAUCGCCCUCGAUGCCGACAGGGAGGGAUCGGUGGACGGGGUCGAGACGCCCGUCAUCGGGUUCCGGCCGGAGAACGGGAGCCACAUCGGGAAGAAGGUGAACGGAUUCCUGACGGAUUUCACCGCCGGAGGCGGUGGGAUCCAAGGCCUCCUCUCUAGCGCGGAGAUCUCCGCGAGGAGCGUCCUCCCGCUGCGGAGCCGUGCCGCGGUGAGGUUCCGUUGGGGGCUGAGGAUGCCGCCGGAGCUCCGCGCGGCUUACGCGGAGGACGCUGGCUGGGGGAGGGUGCCGGCGGGCGGGAUCUCGCUCAGCAAGCUCCCGCUGCUUGUGAUGAACAAGAUCUCGAUCGAACACGUAGCGUUGGACGUUGGGAAGUCGAAGGAGAAGGAUGCCGUCGCCGGCGGCGACGUGGCAGAGGCGUGCCUGUCGGUGAGGCGGCAGCUGGAGACGCUGCAGGCUGAGAACGGGCUGCUGAGAAAGGCCGUGGAGGAGCUUCGGGCUGAGAUCGGCAGCGGGAAGGUGGCGCCGGUAGCCGGAGGUCAGGUCUCCGGCAGCGCUGACGUUGGGAAGGGCGGGAAUAAGGCGGCGGCGGGGAAGAGGGACCGCCGGACCGAUGGGAUGUCGCAGGAGAGCUCCGGGAAAGUGGCGGCGGACGAGGUGAGCGAGGAGCUGAAGAAGGCUUUGAUGGGCGCCGGAAAAAUCUGA